UACUAUAUCAACACUCUGAUCUGUACCAUCUGUACUAUACACAGUGUAUCACAUGACGUAGGUUCAUUCCUUUGAACGAACGCUACGCAUUACAUUAGACAUUAUACCGGUGUUAAAUGUCACAUACAUCAGCUGUUCUCAAGUUUUUAAUGCUAUCAGCCUUCGUUCGAAAUAUCCGUCUAUUAGGGUGCAGUACAAUGAAUAAUAUCUCUGGAAUACACUCGGUUGCUUACGUUACAGUACCGUCCAACGAAGUUGCGAAAAAUAUUUCUCGCGGACUCGUCAAAAAUAAAUUAGCUGCCUGCGUCAAUAUCAUACCCCAAAUCACUUCAAUAUAUGAGUGGAAAGACGAAAUUAACGAAGAUCAAGAACUGCUGUUGAUGAUUAAAACCAGAACUGAAAUUGUCGAUGCAUUGACCAAAUUCGUCAAAGAAAAUCAUCCUUAUGAAGUUUGCGAAGUCAUAUCUUUACCCGUAAGUAUGAGAUUCACAAUGGAAACAAACAGUACUUAGAUUGGAUUAGCGAAACUGUCCCUACAAUUGCCCAGAGAGAAUCUGAUAAAAAUUCUUAACGUAUUGUUAGGCACCUGGGAUUAAACGUGGGUAAUAUAAGGAUGGUAAAAUAAAUUGGAUUAAAUUUGUUUGUGUGUGAAAAAAUAAAGAUUCGUUUAUUAUCGGCUCAGCAA